AUGCUCUGCACUGUCGAUGCUAUACAUCGUGACAGGGCUGCGUCGCAACGAGACGUGGAGCUAGAGGCGGAGGAGCUGAUGACGUUUUACAACAACAAGUGCAGCACGUGGGAGAACGCGCUGCUGAUGGAGGGGUGGCUACAGUAUUGGCUGCAACGGGGCUUUCGCUUGAUAGCGUAUCGGGACGAGGAAUGUUUGGAUGAUCCAGAGGAGGAGACGGGGUUCGAGUCGAGGGCGGACAUCGCGGAGUCGGCUCACGCGUCGUUCCUAAGGGGGCUUGGGGGGAAGAAGAUGCAGUUGGAUAUCGCGGCGGCGGUUCUUGUCAACGGCGCGAACAUGCUGCUCCAAAUGUCCGACGCAAGGGCGAGGAAGGAAGCGUUGGCAAAGCCGGCGAGAGGACCGACCUUGUCGGACAACCGCCGCCGAAAUGAGGAGUGGAGAAGAAGUGUGGAAGAGAUGCGGGAAACCCUGCGAGGUGGGGGUAGCGCGCAAGAAGGAGAGAGAGAAUUUGCAAGGAGGGUGCAUGAGGGGGGGUACGAGACGGACCCUGUCGGGACGGACAGGAUCGAGACGCGGAACAAGAGGAGACGAGAAGCAGAGGGGGCAGGGAGGCGGACAGAGAUGGAAGGAAGGGACAGCGAUGAGGAGGAGGGGACUCACAGGGCGGAUACCAUUAGGAGUGAAAGGUGGAGGAAAAAGGGGCGGUUGUCAAGUCCAGAGGGAGAGGAAGCCGUCGGUGGUAGUGGGUUUCACAAGGAUGUAUUGGAGUCGAUGGGAGACUUGACGGAGGAAGAUUUAGCGAGACAAGCAGAGGAGUUCGAGAGGCUGCGAGAAAGGAACAAGGGGAGGAAGAGGAGUUGCAGCAGGCGGGAGAGCGAGUUUAUAGACGAGGAAGAGGAGGACCUGGAUGAGAUUACAAGGUUGCAUGAGGAGUUGGAGAGGGAGGAAGAGGAGUUGAGAAACAAACGACGAAGGGAGGAGGUAGAAAGAAGCGAGGAGGAAGCGCACGGGGAGGAGGAAGAGGAGGAGGAGGAGGAGGAGGAGGUGGUGGAAAGCGAUGAUGAGAGGGCUCGUGAGGGGAGAGAAACCGCGCGCGCCAAGCUCAGACAACAGCGAGUUCCGGACGUGUAUUUUCAGGGCGCCAAGGCGUUCUCCACGCAAUGGGGUUUAGCGCGGUUAAAAACUUACGAUGCGGCCAUUUGCUGUGGCUCGAAGCAUUCGGGCUACGAAUACACAUCGUGCUGCACGCCCUUGGUCGCGAAGAGGGGAGCCGGGAGGUUGGGGAACGUGACGCUCGAGGCGGAUGGUGCGCCGCAAAGAAGGGUCGCGUACUGCGGGCGAUUGAAAAAAUGCGCGAGCCGGACGUGCUGGGGGUUGAAUUAUUCUAUAGCAGCAGAGGAGGUUUUGCCGAACCCCGACACGCAUGUGUUUCCGUUGUUCGAGGGAACGGAGUUGACCGGGGGGGAUCGGGCGAAGCUAAAGGAGGCACGGGUUUUGUACGACGAGAGUCUUCCAAAGCUGAAGGAUCCAGGUGCGGCGUUGCCAUGUAAGAGCUUGAAGCUCGGGCCGAAGACUUUUCGGAACGCCGGAAUUGGGCCUGCAGAGGGGAAUGAAGAGGAUCGGCGAGGCUCUUGGGCGGGAGUGCGAUCGAAGCAACAGGCAGAGAAGGAGGAGAAGCGUCAAAUGCUUAAUAGGGGGGACGGGUUGGUGAAGGGAAGGCCGGUGGGGAACAGGACGAAGGCUACGAAGCAAAUGAAGGACAACCUGGUGAGGGGUUGCGUGUACAAGGGAACCGUUGUGGCGGAGGCCAUGGGAGUGGACGCUGCGGGAGACCCAACGCGGAAAUUCAUGAUCAAGGCAACGGGGUUGGCGGGGGCGGAUACAGACAAGCUCUACGAAGUGGUCUUAAAGAGGGUGUGCGAAUGCGAUUGCGCGGGGUACAAGAGAAUGAUGGCAGACAAUCGGAAGCCGUUUGCGUGGUGCAAGCACAUCUACGCUAUUAUGAUCAAGGUCUUGGGAUUCGGCAGGCACGACCCUCUGUUGUUGGCCGUUGCAUUCAACAAGGCGGAGUGGAUGCGGAUCACGUCAAAGCCGGCGACACAUUCGGCGCUGGCGGGUUAG